UGCCGGAUGAAAAUACUUAUAUAAGUUACAUGUUAUGAGAAUGUCGAUGCUGUCGUGUUAAAAACAGUUUUACGGUGCCAUCUAUGUUUCCAAGUAUUAAGUUUUAUAUUUGGCCGGCUGAUAUUGCUUUUCAAUCCACAUCACAUCAGUUGUUCUUAUCGACCAAAGUAAGAAAUUGGAACUCUGGGACAUAGAUCCCUGCAGCCGGUAGAUAGCAAGUAUAUAUCAGGGCCUUGCUUGGAUACUGUCCGCCAUCCUGGAUUAUUCUGGCACCAGGUACAUAGCAACCCGGCCAAACAUGGAAACUCGAGCUCAUCUCAGGCUCUUCAUCCUCUUCAUUGUGGUCUCCACCUACACAUUGGUGUCUGCUGAAGAUGAUCGUCGGACUUACAUAGUCCACAUGGACAAGUCGGCGAGGCCAGGUCAUUUCUCUAGCCACCAUGACUGGUACAUGUCGACGCUGUCGACCCUUUCAUCACCUGAGGAAACUGAACCGACCCACCUGUACACUUACAAUCAUGUUCUGAGCGGCUUCAGUGCAGUCUUGUCCGAAUCUCAGCUUGCUAAGCUAGCAGAGCUUCCAGGGCACUUGGCCACUUACCCCGAAACAUUUGGGGAGGGCCACACAACUCACACACCGAAGUUCCUCGGCCUAAAGAAGAAAUCUGGGCUUUGGCCAAGAGCCAACUUCGGUGAGGGGAUGAUCGUCGGUGUGGUUGACAGCGGGAUAUGGCCGGAGAGUGACAGCUUCCGAGACAGAGGCAUGCCCCCAGUGCCUGAUCGGUGGAAGGGGACCUGUGAGUCGGGUGUGGAGUUCAACUCCUCUCUGUGCAAUCUGAAACUCAUCGGUGCUCGUUCUUUCAGCCAAGGAAUGAAGAGGAGAGGUUUAAAUAUCUCAACCACGGAUGACUACGACUCGCCCAGGGACUACUGGGGCCAUGGGAGCCACACUUCCUCCACUGCUGCCGGAAGCCCCGUCAAAGAUACUAACUACUUUGGCUAUGCCGAGGGCACAGCUUCUGGCAUAGCACCACUGGCUCAUUUGGCGAUGUAUAAAGUGCUUUUCUUGAACACUUCCUAUGAUGCAGCUGCCACAGACACAUUAGCAGCGAUUGACAGAGCGAUAGAGGAUGGGGUCGAUAUCUUGUCCCUAUCUUUGAGUUUCACAGAGACAUCAUUCGAUCAGAACCCAGUUGCAAUAGGAGCUUUUGCUGCGAUGCAGAGAGGCAUCUUUGUCGCCUGUUCGGCAGGUAAUGCUGGCCCUCAUGCCUAUACUAUGCAUAACGGAGCUCCCUGGCUGACCACCGUCGGUGCUGGGACCUUUGACCGAGAGUUAGGGGCUCAUGUUACGCUCGGUAUCGGCAAUGGCUCCUUCACCAUUCCUGGGAAAUCCAUUUUUCCCGAGAACUUGUUAAUCUCUAGACUCCCUCUCUACUUCGGCCAUGGAAACAGAAGCAAAGAGCUGUGCGAGGACUACUCCCUUGACCCUAAGGAAGUCGAAGGGAAGAUUGUUUUUUGUGAUUACAGUGCUGAAAAUGAUGGCACCAAUCCAUCUGAAAUUAUCCGAGCAGGAGCUGCGGGGGCCAUAUUCAGUACAGAAGAAGGAAGAAUCCUCAAACCCGAAGAUUUCACUACUCCAUAUGUCGCGGUCAUUCCGAAGUUUGGAAACAAGAUCAGGAGAUACAUUAAACACUCAAAAGAUCCGGUAGUGAGUAUUAAGUUCCAAGUGACAUUUUUGGGUGUCGAGCCGAACCCAGAAGUCAUGUGGUUUUCAUCGAGAGGGCCGGGACGCGAGGCCCUGUGGGUUCUAAAGCCCGACAUAAUAGCACCCGGUGUUGAUGUCUUAGCUGCUUGGACCCCGAACAGAGGAAUAGCGCCCAUUGGGGAUGACUAUCAUUUCCUUCUCAGUGAUUAUGCCUUGCAAUCAGGUACUUCCAUGUCCGCUCCCCAUGUGGCUGGAGUCGGGGCUCUGCUGAAAUCGGCCCACCCGGAUUGGAGUCCUGCUGCCAUCCGAUCGGCAAUGAUGACGACGGCCUAUAUUCUUGAUAACACAGGAGGGCCGAUCAUAGACGUGACUACAGGGGUGGCAGCGACCCCAUUGGACUAUGGUUCAGGCCACAUUGAUCCAAACAGAGCCAUGGACCCCGGCCUCAUCUACGACAUGGAGCCUGAGGACUACAUCGAAUUCCUCUGCGGAAUGAAUUACACCACCAAACAAAUAAGGGUCAUCACUGGGAGAUCGAAUUUCACACGGUGCACACCCAGUCUUGAUCUCAACUACCCUUCCUUCAUCCUCAUUCUCAACAACACGAACGCCACCAGCUUCACCUUCAAGAGGGUACUCACAAACGUGGCUGAUUCCGCCUCGAGCUACCAGGCCACAGUGACGUCUCCACUGGGGAUGAGAAUCACGGUAGAGCCUGAAAAAUUGGUCUUCCCGCAGAAGAACAGCAAGGCUAGUUUCACAAUGGCAGUAGAGAUCUCUCUUGGAACCUUGGAAAGUGUGAGCCCUCAAAGCGAUUAUAUAGGUAACUACGGGUUCUUGAGUUGGCACGAAAUCAACGGAACCCAUGUAGUAAGAAGCCCAAUCGUGUCGGCCUUUGGCCCAUGACUGAGACGAACAAAGUUCCCU